AGACUGAGGAGCAGCAGCGUGGUGACUGUGAGGAAAAGCCAAAGGCUCCCUGAUCAGAGGGUGCUAAAUCUAUAUGAACUAACUGAGUCGCCGCCAAAAUGCUCGUUUUAUUUGAGACCGCAGCUGGAUAUGCUAUAUUCAAAGUCCUCGAUGAAUCCAAGCUGCAGCAGAUUGACAGUCUCUACAAGGAGUUUGAAACUCCUGAAAAAGCUCACAAAGUUGUGAAGCUAAAGCACUUUGAGAAGUUCCAAGAUACAACAGAGGCCUUAGCAGCUGCCACUGCCCUCACAGAGGGAAAAAUUGGCAAGAGUUUGAAGAAAGUGCUGAAGAAAGUUGUCGCCAAAGAGGCCCACGAGCAGCUGGCCAUCAGUGAUGUGAAGCUUGGUGGAGUUAUCAAAGAAAAGCUGGAUCUGAGCUGCAUCCACAGUCCUGCUGUGGCUGAGCUGAUGAGAGGCAUCAGGGGCCAGAUGGAGAGCCUCAUCACUGGACUUCCUCCCAGGGAGAUCAGUGCCAUGUCUCUGGGGUUGGCUCACAGUUUGUCCCGCUACAAACUGAAGUUCAGCCCGGACAAAGUGGACACUAUGAUCGUGCAGGCCAUCUCUCUUUUGGAUGAUUUGGAUAAAGAGCUCAACAAUUACAUCAUGCGCUGCAGAGAGUGGUACGGCUGGCACUUCCCUGAGCUGGGGAAGGUCAUCACAGACAACUUGGCCUACUGCAAGGCUGUCCGCAAGAUUGGUGCUCGCACAAACGUGGCCACUCUCGACCUGUCCGACAUUCUCCCCGAGGAAAUCGAGGCUGAGGUUAAACUGGCCGCUGAGAUCUCCAUGGGAACAGAGGUGUCGGAGCAGGACAUUGAAAACAUCAGUCACCUGUGUGACCAGGUAAUUGACAUCUCAGAAUACCGCACACAACUGUAUGACUACCUGAAGAACAGAAUGACGGCGAUCGCCCCCAACCUCACAGUGAUGGUGGGAGAGCUGGUCGGAGCACGUCUCAUCUCACACGCAGGUUCCCUCCUGAAUCUGGCGAAGCACCCAGCCUCCACCGUGCAGAUUCUCGGAGCAGAGAAAGCCCUGUUCAGAGCUUUGAAGACCCGCAAAGACACGCCCAAGUACGGUCUCAUCUACCACGCCUCUCUCGUCGGACAGACCACCGCCAAGAACAAGGGCAAGAUCUCCAGAAUGCUGGCAGCUAAAGCAGCUCUGGCGAUUCGCUACGAUGCGCUGGGAGAGGACACCAACGCAGAGAUGGGAGUGGAGAAUCGGGCUAAGCUGGAGGCCAGGCUGCGACAGCUGGAGGAGAAGGGAAUUCGCAGAAUCAGCGGAACAGGCAAAGCGAUGGCGAAGACGGACAAAUACCAGCACAAGAGUGAAGUUAGAGUAUACGAUCCAUCAGGUGACUCCACCAUUCCCUCCACGUCAAAGAAGAGGAAGUUUGAGGAGGUGGAAGAGGAGGAGGAGGCUGAAGAGCCCGUAACGCCGGCGGUCAAAUCCAAAAAGGCCAAAAAGGAGCCAGUAGCAGAAGUUGAAGAAGAAGAAGAAGAAGCAGAGGAGCCUCCCAAGAAAAAGAAGAAGAAAAAGAAGGACAAGAAAGCAGAGGCUGAGGAAGAACAACCAGAAGAGGCGGCGGAAGAGGAAGCAGUACCAGAGUCGACAGAGAAGAAGAAAAAGAAGAAGAAAAAGAAGGCGAAGGAAGAGGAAGAAGAUGACGAGUGAAGAAGUGCAGAGUGUACAUAUUUUCUGUUUUAGGUUUUAUGGUGUUUUAGUUUGUCUCGUACAUUCACAUGGACUAAGGGCAGUACUGUAAUGAGUGCCUGAUUCUGGACUUUAAAAGGUGUUCAUUUUAAAGAACAGCAUCAAAGAUAGAUCUCAUAUUUUAUAACUGAGAGUAAAGAGGGUUUUGUAUAAUGAGUUUGGAAUCUGCUGUCCCAUGUUUUUUAUGUUAACUCAUCUGUAUCAUACAUUUAUGUAUUAAUUAAGCACAAAGAUUCCCACGCCUCUAUUCUUUGACCAAGACUGAACAUCUGCCUGUGCGAAAUAAAACUUUUUGUUUUUGCCUAAA